CCAGAGGAAAAGGCAACCUCUUUCUGCAAGGAGAUAUUUUGUCUUGCAUAAGAGAAGCCUAAGAGUAAUCUUGAAUUUCUUGCCUUCUGUUGGGUCAUACGGGGGGGGGGGGGAUGCAUUAGCCCACAGAGAAGUGCAAAUGUGGAUCUUUUUAUGUUGAUUGGCUAAUCCCAAGCCAAUCAGCUCCUUCCUUUCGUUUAACUUGCUCUUAUGCUCUGUCCAAACUCAAGUUCACAGCCACAUUGCUCGCUCUGCAUUGCUGCUGCUCUGUUCUCUCCGCUGGCUCUCGGGCGGCUGCAGCAGGAGCAGCUGCUUCAGCAGCAGCUGAAGUCUCAGCUUGCUGCUAACCUGAUCAGCUCAGGAUACAGCUUCUAUGUGACAUCACAGCCAGAUGUUUGGCAAAGCCACACCCCUAUGAGGGUCUGAAGCAAUCCAAGGAGUAAUAACGGACCAGCUCAGUCCUGCCGUCAGAAUGCACCCGGGAGACUGGAGGAACUGCAGGCUUGUUAUUGUGGACAACCUUCAUUAAUUUUGUUUCAGACAAAAAGCUGUUCCGGACGGGGUUUGUUUUGCUUGGUGUUUUCCCUGGAUGCCUUUCCUAUUCAGAAGGAGAGAAACUGGGUGUGACCCAUACAAAGAAAGUACUUUUCAGGGAGCUGUGGAGCCAGCUAUCUCAUUUUCUACAAAAAGGAAAUCUCCAGGAGCGUGUAUGUGGGUUUCUUGAAGGUUAACACAAAAGGAAAAAUUGCAGUUGAUUUAUACACCUCAGGAGGCGUGAAAAAUGGCAACAGCCGCCUACUUUGCCGCCGAGUGCCUUGUCUCCAUGUCCAGCCGUGCUGUAAUCCACAGCCCCAUGAGGGAACCGGCCCCUCAGCCGGUUGGGAGAGCUGCCCCCCGCAUCAUCUCAAACAGAGCUGAGAAACCCGAAGUGAAAGAGGUUGGGAGAGACAAUGGAGGUGGGUCCUCUGUAUAUGCUGUGGCCAGCAUUUUAGCUGACCUAAACCAGCAUGUUCCACCCAAGCUUUCCUCGCCUCAGGGGGAGAAUCUUGAGAGCGUUGACAGAGGGGGGGCUUCUCUUUCCCACAAAGAGUUUGGGGAAGAAAGUGUCUUGCUGGCUGGCAAACGUGGAGGAGGCAGAGCAACCACACCUACCAGCUUGGGGGCACCGAGUCAGCCAAGCCCCAGGCAAAGAAGCAGGCGAGGAAGAUGUCGGACUGAGCCUGAAUUACCUCAGAAGAAGCAUAAAUGCCACUAUGCGGGAUGCGAAAAGGUUUACGGCAAGUCGUCCCAUCUGAAGGCUCACCUAAGGACCCACACAGGCGAGAGGCCUUUUGAAUGCCGUUGGGAAGAUUGCAACAAAAAGUUUGCCCGUUCCGAUGAGCUGGCGCGGCAUUUCCGCACUCACACUGGAGAGAAAAAGUUUGGCUGCCCUCUCUGCGAGAAGCGAUUCAUGCGCAGUGACCACUUGACGAAGCACGCCCGCCGCCACAGCAACUUCCACCCCAGCAUGCUCAAGAGGAGGAGCGGCAGCAGCUCCCGGACAGGAUCGGUCAGUGACUAUAGCCGUUCAGACGCAUCUAGUCCCACCAUCAGUCCUUCCAGCUCCCCGUAGACCUGCCUGCACUGGAGGCCAGCACUUUGCUCUUAUCAUUUUAUAGAUAUCAUUUUUGGAGUUUUAUUUGCCUUGCACAUUUUGCUUAUUCCCCCACCCCACCCCACUAUCUUUUUUUCUUUCUUUUUUAUACAUCGUUUCUCCAGCAGAUUAUCUCUGGCACAAUGGGACUAACACUGAUGAGCCUCUUCUCCAUCUUCUGCCAGCAAUUUUUCUUCCUGGUCAAGAUUUUCAGUUAUUUUGUCUGCCAGCCUUCACUCUCCAGAGCCUUAAGAAGGACGCUCCUGUUAAUUGUUUUUAAAUAUAUCUAUAUGUGUGUAUAUUUUUUAAAAAAAUACCUUUGCUCAGGUGUCAAAGCAAAUUUUAUAAAAAAGAAGUUACAAAAGAGGAAUGUCUAAUUGAACUGGAUUGACUUUCCACCACUCCACAACCUCCUCUCAACUUUCUCAGGGAUAAGUAUUUAUGUAACACAGUAAGUACAAUGAAGACACACUCUCUGCAGCCUCAGCUGGCAAACAGAUCUGCACUCAGAAUGAGUGUGGCCGAGUUCUUCCACUCACCGAGGAGGAAACCAGCGCUGGACUUCGCACUCAAAUGGUUUGGUUUCACAUUUGCUAUAGAUACGUUUGGGGAAUCAGGACCAUAUAUGGCAUGCCCCCUGGAUGACUUCAUUAAAUCCCUCUCCCUGCCCCCACCCCGUCAAUGUCAUUUCAUACCAAGGUGAUUUUACCACAUCAACUUCCUGCUGCAGAAACCUUGUCUAUAAAGUUCGAUACAGUCCUACCUUCCCCAUGGGGGCGGGUUGAGGGGAUUUUUUUUUUAAACUAACGAACUUGAUGCCUUUAUCAUUCCCACCCACCCACCCCAAAUAUAGGGAAAUGUAUUUACACUGGGGAACAAUGCAUUUAAGUUCAAAAUGGCAAGUUUGUGGAUUUUAGGCAUUACGGAUUUGUUUUCCAGGGUUCUCCUGUAAAAUGCCCUAUGGAAUAAGUGAGGCUUUUGCAGAAGAACUUCUCAGAGGCUUGUGAGCCCCACACUGUCCCUGAGCUUGUCUGUGUUGCUUGCUCAUCUGUCACGUGGCCACCCAACAUAGGUGCCUAGACUGUAUCAACUUGAACUAUUUUAUCUUAUGCAGGGGGUGGGGUGGGGGUGGGGAGCAACAUUGGGAAACUGUUUAUAUAAAGUUUCAUCAAAGCUUUAUCCAGGUACUUGUUAUAAAGACCCUUGGUUUUACAUUGCUUCAAAGCAGAGGCUUCCAUUUAACACUGCACUGUAGCUAUUUGGUCAGUAAGUAACAAUUGAAACCAAGUAGUAGUAAUCAGAAAAUGGUCUCUUAUUAGGAAAGGGUAAAAAGAGAGAGCAGAACUUGCAUCUAGAAAGUGUUACAAACAUGGUGUUUAGCUCAACAGCACUCCGUAUUUCUCCCACACUCGCAUCCCAUGGGUGUAUGGUUUGACUGGGCAUAGAUAAGAGAACCCCUCUCCCAGCCAGCUAGUCCAGGGUUCCCAGAUGGACGUCCCACUCCCUUGGCUACCACAGUGGAGAUCAAUCUGCCACGUUACUUGCCUAAUAUCUGUAAGAAAAUCUCUCUCAGUCACAGCUGGAGGGGCCAACUGGCCACAUCCUGAAGUGCCUGGGUGGGCGAUUUGUGGCCAUUUCAAAAAUAGGCACCUCACCCCAGCAAGAGAGAUUUGUGUGCAUAAAGAGCCUUCCACCUGCAUUACUGGAGUGGAGGCACAUCUUGCUAAAACUGGCUUGGUGCACAGAACUAUCUUGGGUCACCCACUGUUAAACACUGACAGCUGGGUCAGGUUCUAGGUUUAUAAAUGCAAACUUUUUUAAACCAGCAAUUGGUCUAUGCAUUGCAAAGUGCUUGGUUGGUUCUGAAGCUGUAUAUUAAACAUUCAGGGUUUUUUCUUUGUAAUUUUCCAUUAUUAUUAUUAUUAUUAUUAUUAUUAUUAUUAUUAUUAUUUUACUGUAAAUGAUGAAUGCAGUUGAUUGUAGCACACCAAAACAAACUCCACAACCCCAAACUGCUGUUUACAACAAAUAUAUCUACAUUCCAAAUGUGUCCUGCUUUCCAGUAAUCCCAUUUUGCCACCUCUUUAACA